CUACUAGGCAGCAUCUCCAUACCUUGAACUUGGACAGCACUGUUCGCACUGGCGACGAGGGUUGUCUUCCUGGUUCUAUUAGGCACGGUCAUCGGCAUCGAAUUUAGCCACAGCACUCUAUGACAUCCGUGUCCACCUCAUCAAAGGUCCUGUUCGAUGCAUCGAAGUCUCCUCUCAGCCCUCUCACUCCCAUCGAAGACUACCGCUCACCAACGGUCUCUCGCGACUCAGUCGACUCGUUACGGGAUUUGGAGCUGUCCGACGGACCAUUACUCGCCGAUGGACCGAGCACUACGCGGACGCGUUCAUAUUCGAUCUCCGGCUUUGACUUCCAGCAGGAUCUACUACCGCUGACCGCGAGCUUGAGUGAACCUGAGAGCAUCCAGGUAGCGGCACAUGCGAAGAAUAUAAGCCUGCUCCAUGGCAUUGCCCUAAUCAUCGGGUUGCAGAUUGGGUCGGGUAUAUUCUCUUCACCUGGCGUAGUAGUGGCAAACACCGAGAGUGUUGGAGCAAGUCUGUCUGUGUGGUUCGUGGCGGGACUGUUGGCAUGGACAGGCGCGAGCAGCUUUGCAGAGUUGGGGUCAUCGAUACCGGUAAACGGAGGUGCGCAGGCGUACCUCCAAUAUGCAUAUGGUCCCCUCGUCUCGUACCUGUUUGCCUGGACAGCUAUCUCCGCACUGAAACCAGGAGGAAACGCUGUCAUCAGCCUCAUUUUUGCAGAAUACCUCAACCGGCUCUUCUGGCACAGUACAAACGCUGAGGUAUCGCCGGAUGAUAUUCCACAGUGGGCAAUCAAACUCACUGCGGUUGCGGCAGUCCUCGUGGUCUCCACAAUUUGCGUGGCCACGCCAAUGUUGGGCCCGCGGAUGGCUGUGGUCUUCACCACGGCGAAAAUUGUUGCAUUGAUAUCUAUCACCAUCCUUGGUCUCGUCCAGCUAGCCAGAGGUCAUGCAUCGACAUCGCUCACGGAGUCUCUGUUUAGUGGGUCCAGUACUAGCCCAUCUUCCUAUGCGUUGGCCUUGUAUUCCGGCCUUUGGGCGUAUGACGGUUGGGAUCAAGCGAACUAUGUCGGUGGCGAGAUGAAGAAUGCACAGAAGAAUAUUCCUCGCGCCAUCCACUCUAGUAUGGCAAUUGUCAUGGUACUGUUUAUGCUCGCUAACUUGGCGUACUUCACUGUGCUCGACAAGGUAACAGUAGGGAGGAGUAAUACGGUCGCUCUUGACUUUGGCCGUGCAUUGUUCGGCCCUGUUGGCGGGAUCGUAUUUGCAUUGAUGGUCGCCAUUUCGUGCUUUGGCGCGCUGAAUGGCUCAUCGUUCACCAGUGCACGCCUCAUCUACGUCGCAGGCCGCGAGGGCUAUCUUCCUGCGUUGUUCGGGAGAAUGAACCAAUCUCUCAAAACACCACUGAACGCGAUGUGUCUCCAUGCAGCCUUGACCGUUGCGUUCAUCGUCAUUGGAGGAGGGUUUCGGUCGCUCAUCAACUUCGCUGUUGUUGCAUCGUGGGCGUUCUAUUUCCUGACCGUACUUGGAGUGGUAGUGUUACGUGUCAAGGAGCCCACGCUGGAGCGCCCUUACAAGACUUGGAUUACCACACCUCUGAUAUUUUGCGCGGUCUGCGUAUUUUUGCUGUGCAUGCCCGUCAUUGCGGCACCGCUCGAGGCGAUGGCGAUUCUCGGCUUCGUCCUUGUGGGUAUCCCAGUGUAUUACCUCACUCAAAGGAGGCGAAACGCAUCGUCUUCCGGCAUCAUGUCGGUGUUUGCGAACUGUUUCGCACGAAUACGUGGCAGACCAACCCCGGGCGCUGGAUGGCAAGCUGUAGCUACCGAGGGCGACGAGCAGGUCGAGAUGAAUGAGACCAGCGGGUCAUUUCAUUCAUGAUAUAUUAGAUGAACUUUGAUACCAUCGACCAAGAGCGGAUGCUAUCUGCCGGGUCUUGCGUGGAAUUCCGCGCGGUUGUAACGCCUUGGCAUGUGCACUGAUACCUUAGAUUAGAGCUGUCUGUUUUACCUUGAGACUGCAAGGGUUUGCUAUUCCUUCAAGCUGGUAGUCGUGUGGGUCGUGGGGUAGACUAUGUGCCAGUAUAUCCCGUAGCAAAGCGUGACCUUGGGGUGAAUUUAGUGUGAAUGAUUUUGGAGAGG